GUUCAAUUUAAUAAUUGACGAAUUAUAAUUAUUUUUGCAAAGAUGGAGACAAAUUGCUCUUCACCAGCCACAAGUCAAGUUACUUUGGCAUCAACAUGUGGUGGUCCAACUUUUUUAUUGUUUAUGGGAAUUUUGGAGACAUAUAUUCGAAGACAGUGUGAUCUUGAGGAUCCUUGUCACCGAAUCAGACCACGUCAAACCCCCAAUUCAAGUUAUGAUUACAUUGUGAUUGGAGGAGGAAGUGCUGGUUCGGUAGUAGCCUCGAGAUUAUCAGAACUAAGUAGUAAAUCAAUUUUACUUUUAGAGGCAGGGUUAGAUGAACCAGCAUGGCUACAUGUACCAUCAUUGUACGUUAAUUCAAUUCAUUCGAAUAUAGACUGGCAAUAUAGUUUUCAAAGUGAGAACAAUGAUUGUUCUAAUGAAAAUGCAGCACAGUGUUACUGGCCUAGAGGAAAGGUUCUUGGGGGUACAGGUGCAAUUAAUGCAAUGGUGUACAUAAGGGGAGCACAUCGAGAUUUCGACAAUUGGGAGACAAUGGGAAAUAGCGGUUGGUCCUUUAAAGACGUGCUUCCUUAUUUCAAAAAAAGUGAGAAUAAUUUACAAAUGGACAAAGUUGAUUCCGAAUAUCAUGGUCGUGGUGGUCCACUGCCUAUAACGCAGUUCAAUAAUCAUCCUCCAAUUAGUAAUGACAUUCUAAAAGCUGCUAAAGAAUUAGGUUACGAUAAUCUGGACGUAAAUGGAAGGAAUCACACAGGUUUUUCAACUGUUCAAACAAAUACAAAAAAAGGUAGUCGUUAUUCAACAGCACGUGCAUUUCUGAGACCUGUCAGAAAUCGUCAGAAUUUACACAUCAUGCUAAAUACAACUGCGACUAGAAUUAUUUUCAAUAAUAACAAAACUGCCAUAGCUAUCGAAUUCUACAAGAAUGGAAGAUUCACUAAAGUUGGAAUUAACAAGGAAGUCAUCAUUAGUGGUGGUAUAGUAAAUUCUCCGCAAAUACUACUGAACAGUGGAGUUGGGCCAAGAGAUGAUCUAGAAGCAGUAGGUGUUCCAGUGAUUCAUCAUCUUCCCGGAGUUGGUAAAAAUUUACACGACCAGGUUCAUGUUCCCUUGACAUUCACCAUCAAUGAGACAGACAAAAAUGACCUAAAUUGGAUAUCUGUAACGCAAUAUUUAACUUCUAGAACCGGACCUCUAAGUAGCAUUGGUGUUCUACAAACAACAGGUUUUAUAAAUACAAAAUUUGCAAAUCCCCAAGAAGACUUUCCAGACAUACAAAUUAAUUUCGUAGGUUAUGUGGCGUCAUGCUCCGAAAAUGGAAUGAUCAAUCAAAAUUCAAAAUUAAGAAGAACAAUUCUAAUCCUUCCCGUGGUUAUUCGUCCAAAGAGUAAAGGCUAUGUAAAAUUAAGGGACAACAAUCCUCUAUCAAUGCCUCUGAUUUAUCCUCAAUAUAUGUCGAAUUCCGACGACAUUUCUGUGCAAAUUGAGGGAAUUAAAUUUGCCUUUCGAUUUGUAUCAACACAGGCGCUUAAAAAGUAUGACUUCCAAUUUAACAGGAGUACAUUCAAACUUUGUGAACAUUUGGAAUUUGGAAGCGAUUCCUAUUGGGAGUGUGUGGUAAAAAAUUACAAAAGUACAGUAAAUCAUCAGGCGGGAUCGUGUAAAAUGGGUCCUGAAUCAGAUCCAAUGGCAGUGGUUGAUAAUUUAUUGAGGGUCAGAGGGGUGAAAGGUGUUAGAGUUGCUGAUGCCAGUAUUAUGCCGGUAGUUACUUCCGGAAAUACUAACGCUCCCUCUAUUAUGAUUGGUGAAAGAGUUGUUGAUUUUAUUAGAAACAAUAGAUGAACUUUAUAGAAUCACGAUUUACUACUUUUGUUACGUCUAAAAAGUAUAAAAAUUUAUUUUUCCAGCUUCUUGAUUUAAUUUAAUUAAAUUAAUAAUUAAUAAUGGACUAUGUUACCGACAUGUCUGUCGACAUUUUCGCAUAAAAAAAUUAUAGAAUAUUAUUGAAUAAAUAAUACUUAGUAAGGUAUAAAAUAUUUUUAAAAGAUUGCUGCAUCUAUAUUUAUAAACAAAAAUUCUCGCAAUAAAAUUGUUUUUUAUGUGAAAACCCUAAACCUAAUAAAGAACAAUUUUCUAAACCGGCAACCGGUACCGGUUUCGAAACAUUAAAUUAAAUGUUAUAUACAUUCCCUGUCCUAAAAAAGUUUAAAAUUAAGAAUUAAGAUUAAAAAAAUUUUAAGAUGUGAAUACAAGAACCAAAUACUGCUUUCACCGAAGUAAUAUCGUAGCCUACUUAAAGGCGCCAAUUUUAUAAUAGGUACUUACAAUUUUACCACAGUUUUUAAAUGCAACUAAAAAAUAAAUAAUUUAUCUUUCUGAUUGUAGUAGAAUGAUUAUAAAUUGAUUAAGU